UUCUUUCCGCAUGCGGCGCCAAAUGGUGCAGUCGCCGUCCAAUAUGAAAUGAGACCAGCUGCUGGUGUUCUGUCGAGACUAGGACAGUAAAGAUUUAGGUACAACGCUGAAGAGCAAAGCCUUUGAUCCGCUCUAGGUUCCUUGCAAGCCUCUGAGUUCAAUCUAGCUGCCACAUCCUCCUUAUUCACACACCAGAUUGCGUCAACUUCAAGGCUACUACGACUACCACGGUAUUUUGGGUCGCAUUAUAAUCUCAUAUGGGUCCGCCACGUCGUCUCGACCUCCCGCAGCAGCCGUCGCAUCGCGCGGCGCUUGAAUCGGCCGACCUGCCGUCGCAAAUCGACAUCCUGCAGGCCAUGAUGGCGCGCCACGGCCGGCCUCUCCCCGGCCGGCAGCACCAGAAGCACGUCCACCAAAACCACGCGAGUCCCGCAAGUCCCGCAACCCGGCCCGCGGACUCGGCCGGUGGGGAAGACAGGGACGGCGGCGGCGCGUCGAGCGAAGAGGAGCGAUCGCAGGGGAUGAUUGAGGAGAGCAGCAGCAGCCGGAGCAGCACCAGUGGCGAGCACAGCACCGCUGACGCGCAUCCGCCGUGCACUGCAGGCGACAGCAUCAGCGGCAGCGG